AUGGAGGAAGUGACAACAACUAUAGCUAAUAGCUUCUGGAGGAUGGAAGAUAUUGGUUUUUCUUUCUCGGCGGUAGAGGGACGGUCGGGAGGCAUUCUGACUCUAUGGAGAACACGCACAGUGUCGGUCAUAUCGAGUUUUUGUGGUAGAGGUUUCUUGGGCACGAAGAGGUCUUUGGAAGGAGUUGUUGGAGUUGAAGCAAAGAUACUCGGACGGGGAAUGGAUCUUUGGGGGCGACUUCAAUGCUAUAAAAAAAUGAAUGAGCAGAUAGGUAGUUCUAUUGAUAGUAAUGCUUCGAAAAGAAGGGAAUUUUUGGAUUUUAUUGAAGGGAGCGGCCUUGUGGGUGUUCCUUGCAAAGGGAAAAAGUUUAGUUGGUAUAUUGGAGAUGGGAGAGCAAAGAGUCGGAUCGAUAGAUUUCUAGUGUCCGAUGCGAUUGUCUCAUUAUGGGGAGUGGUUGGGAAAAUCAUCGACAUUAGGGAUGUUUCAGAUCAUUGUCCGGUGUGGUUGGAGGUUGAUAAAGAAGAUUGGGGUCCAAAACCAUUUAAGCUUAACAACGAAUGGUUUUCUCAUAUGGAUUUUGUUCCUUUUAUUGAAAAGGAAUGGAAGGCGCUGGACGUGAGAGGUAGAGGUGAUUUUGUGUUGAAAGAGAAAUUUCGACUUAUUAAAGACAAGAUGAAAUGGUGGAAUAGGGAGGUUUUUGGUAAUAUCGAUUUGAAAGUGGAGGAAGGAGUUAGAGAUCUUAAUAUCUCGGAUGAUAUGGAUGUAAUGGAUGCGGAGAGGUUGGCUUUGAAUAGAGACGCGAACAAUAGAAUUUGGUUAAAUCUCAAGAUUAAGGAGAAUAUGCUAAUUCAAAAGUCUAGACUUAGGUGGUUGAAUGAUGGGGAUUCGAAUAGAAAAUUGUUUCAUAAAGUUAUGAAGGAAAGGAGGAGGAGAAACCACAUUAGCUCUAUUGUUACUAAUGGUGGUAUUGUUAGUACGGUCAAAGAGGUGAAAGAAGCGGUCAAGAUUCACUUUGAAGAUAAAUUUAUGAAGAGGUGCUUGGAUAGACCUUUACUCGAAGGAUUGGAUUUCAAAUCUUUAAGCUUGGAGGAUAGGCUUUCUUUGGAGGCUCCUUUCUUGGAAGAGGAAAUUAAAGAAGCGGAUGUCGUUAAUUGUAUUAAGAAUUUCCAUUCCGGAUCGGUGUUGUCAAGAUCUAUUACAUCCUCUUUUCUCUCCCUUAUUCCUAAGGUUGCUCAUCCUUUGAGUUUAGAUGAUUAUAGACCUAUUUGUUUCGUUUGCAUUUACAAAAUUAUUUCAAAAUUGUUGGCUAGAAGGAUUAAGCGGGUUCUAUCGACUAUUAAUUCUAUUACUCAAAGUGCUUUUAUUCCCGAUAGACAAAUGAUUGAUGGCUUUCUUAUUGCUAAUGAAUUGGUGGAUUAUGUUUCAAAGGAAGGUAGGGAGUGCUUUCUUUUCAAGGUGGACUUUGAAAAGGCCUAUGACAAAGUUAGUUGGAAUUUUCUUAGAUUUAUGUUGAAAAAGAUGGGUUUUGGUGAAGUGUGGAUGAAGUGGAUGGAGGCUUUAAUUUUUUUAGUAAGAUGUCGGUGA